GCGCCCUUGAAUUUUGCACAGGGCCCAGCCAAUUUCAAGUUGGAGGUAUCCAUCUUCGUGCUACUGUGUCCUUUAUCGCACCCCAUGGGGUCAUAGUGGAUCUUCCAGUUGAAAAUUUGUUGGAUAGAGCAUCCAGUUAUCAUGUUACAAUUUCGACUGUCGGCUGAGCCACUUUCCAACCCUUUUAAGUUGCAUAAACCAAGGCACAUCGUGCACACAACCUCGCGCAACCUCACGUUCCUCCGCAAAAGGCCGCUGACAAUUCCACAUUCCCCAGACCCCACAGUGUGGGACAACCCUAUCCAGGAAGAUGGGUACUCUGGCUAUAGGUCCAAAGACUACUAUCCCGCCAAGCCAGGUGAGAUCCUUGGCGGCCGAUACCAACUUAUCACUAAGCUGAACUGGGGCACAACCUCGACUGUAUGGAUGGCGAGGGAUGUCAGGGGCUACCGGUGGCAGCCAGAGACAGUCGUUGCGCUCAAGAUUGGCAACACCAAUAACAUUGAAAUUGAAAACGAACGCACACUUGAAGGGCAUAUUCCGCAAAACGAUUCAACGCAUCAGGGCCGACUUUUUGUUCGUACCGCACAUGAAACUUUUGUCAUCGAGAGCCAGGAAGGCAGGCAUUUGUGCUUGGCGUACGAGCCGCUGCGGGAAACUUUUAGUCACUUUCGAGACCGGUUUGUCGGAGGGUUGGUUCCUCCUCGUCUGAUGAAACUUUACAUUAGGCAGUUACUCAUUGGACUGGAUUACCUACAUGGUGUCUGCCGGCUGGUGCACACUGAUCUCAAAGCAGACCAUAUCAUGAUGACUUUUGAGAGCGCAACAGUCCUAGAUGACUUCUUGAUGUUGCAGCUCGAAGAGCCCAUGGCCUAUAAAUUCGACUCUGAGGGUCGGCCUGUCUACAGUCCUCACAAUAACUUUGGAGGGUUGAGGAAAGGAAAGAACUGUUUUCUUUGCCUCCCUAAGAUUGUCGACUUCGGGUCGGCGAUCAAACUAAAUCCAGAUGCCCAAUGCAUAUGGCCAAUUCAGCCACAUGCCUAUCGAGCCCCCGAAGUAAUCCUAGGAUGUGGCUGGAACACAGGAGCUGACAUCUGGAACCUAGGAGUCUUGCUUAAAAACCUCCUCCAAGAGGCUCAGCUAUUCACACAGGUGUAUGAUGCGCAAGGUCGUUAUGAUGCCAAAUCACAUCUUGCGGAGAUGAUUGCUUUAUUGGGGCCACCCCCCCCAAAGAUGCUUGCAAGAGCACGUGAAAGGUCGGGUGAGACAUGGGGUCCGAAGGCUAGAAUGGCAGGUGGUAAUGGGAGGUUAUGCGACACAAUACAAGAUCUAUUCGAUGGACCCUUUUUUGACGAAAAUGGCAAAUUCAUGUAUCCGGACCUUACCCCAAAGCGCAGCCUGGCGAAUAGUCUCCCAUUGCUGAACGACGAAGACAGAGAUGCCUUCUUGAGUUUGGCCAAGAGAAUGCUUGUGUGGGAUCCAGCAGAGAGAGAACAACGGCUGCCGAGCUGAUCCAACACCCUGCUUUGCUGUUCGACACACACUAAGUCUGAUCCCUUUAUUGUAUGAUAGCCGCCAUUCAGUAGACCUCCUCCGCUCUACCACAUAGAUUUUCGGUCAAAUCUACCUAUCAAGUAAACAUAAUGCUCAGGCUAUGGACCGGAAGAUUGAACAUGUGGAUGUCGAAGGAUGACUCUAUUGCUACUUACUUAUUUUCUAAGAAGAACCCCACCCAUUCCAUACCUAAGUGAAACUCGAGAAGUCUCUGCGCAUAUCUUGUGGGUCACCCCUCCUCCCAGGUAAGGUUGUCAGCUUCAAGAAAACUGACAGGCUUGGCAUCUAUAAGCGAUGAGGAUGCAAAGUCCAGGCACGAAGUUUGGUAUUUGGCUUUAGUUGUGGGAAUACAGUCCAAGAUUCAAACCACAACUAUGCGCAUGAUCAACUU